CUACUUCGUGCAGAGUUUGACAAAAUGUUCUCAAAAGGAACAGAAAGUGUAGUUGGGAGUGAGGUGAUGCCCCUGGACUAUGGGAGCAUGGACGCAGAGAGUAGUCCAUCUCCAUCUAGUUCGGAGAAAAUGGUGGAGGGGGUGAGAGGAGAUGAGGUGGUGGAGGUUGGGGAAAAAGAGGUGGUUAGGGUAGAUAGCAUACCCAUCACCGUAGUAGAAGUAGAGGGUAGAGGAGAGAGAGAUUAUGAUGUGAAUGCAAAGAUAGUGGAGGAGGUGAAGCAGUAUAGAUUUGAGCUAAGGACCAGGGAUAGCCUGGGUCACUUAGUAGAAAAUUACGAGAUCUCGUCUCGAGUGUUAGUUAGGCCAGCUGGGGUAGAGGAGAGGGCGUGCUCUACUCCUCGAGAUCACUGGAUGCCUGUGUAUUCCCACUAUUUGAUAGCGAGACUCAGGUUUCUACUUCCUGAGUUGCUAGUGGGUUUACUGUUAGAUUACAACAUAUGGUUGACACAGUUGGUCCCCAAUGCAAUGAGGGGGGGUAGUAGGAGAGAUAAAAGGUGGUAUUAUUUCACCCCGAGGGUAGCUAGUAAGGAGAGUAGGUCGUUGUUUACAGCGGGUCCUUCAUCCAUUAAAGGAUGGAAAGAGAAAUUCUUUUUUGUAGAUGAUACGGAGUGGGGGAAAGGGGAUGCCGAGGUGAGGGAGUUAGCCUCCUGGAAGGCCAAAAGGGCCAACCAAAAUAGUGCACAAUGCAUAGAAGCUGCCGAGCUCUAUGGGCUAAGCGCUUUGAGUGAAGCUGAAAUGGACCAGUUCUUGAACACUGCUGGAGGAGCGGCCAUCCCCAAGAAGCCAAGGAAGAAGUCAAAGACUUCAACCAAGCAAAUGGAUGAGGGGAGGGCGAGGAAGGAGGUAGUGCCCACGACUUCAGCUGAGGCAGAGGAGGAGGUGCCACAGUUGAAGAGGAAGGGGUGGGAGGAGAUGAGGGCACUGCAGAAGAAGCAGAGGGUGAUGGAGGAGGAGACGGGGAAUGAGGUCCCUGUGUUCGUACCUCAGCCUUCUCCUGUUGAGCUGGACCCUGAGCUCAGACAGUUGGAGGAGGGGGUUGAGGUACGAGCUCCUGGUAAGGGAAAGGGCCCUGUUCCCCCACUGAGGCCUCAGAGCAGCUUGUUCGCGGUGAAGAACAUAACGGGGGCUAGGUGGUUCAUCAACAACACCUUCCCCGAAGUGGACAGAUGCAACGCACGGGAGGAAGCUCUGAGGUAUGGUGGAGCGUCCGUGGUGAAGAACGUUCUAGAGAGCUCGAGCUGGGUGAAUGGUCUAGCCCAGGAAUUCAGGGAAAGCCUGAAGGAGCACUCACUCUUGCAAAGGCAGUGUGACCAGCUGCAGAAGGAGAAUGAGGAGUUGGAGAAGAAGAAUAAGGAACUGCAAGAGUCUCUGAACGAGGCGCAAGAAAUGAAGCUAAUGACAGAGGCAUUCAAGGAGCUGAAGGGGAAUAUGCGGAAGUUGGUGCAUAAUGGGAUGAAGGAGCACAUCAGCAACUUCAUCAGUUCCAGCUCGUUUGAUAGCAUCGUCAACUUGUACCGGCUGCCCACUGCCAUCAUCGCUUUCACAGACUGCAGAAAGAAGGUGAAGGCUGAAUAUCCCGAAGUGGAUGUGACAAAGAUCACCUUCGACGAGCAGGAAGGAGGAGUGGAGGAGGAUGGCGAGAGCGUGUCAGCAGACUUCCGUCCUCAGAUUAAGCUGAGGUGGGAGGAUGAUGCAGACAGUCUUGCUGUUUUCCCUCCACAGUUCGACUUCGAGUUCGUUGCAGUGGAGGAAGAAGGGGCAGAGGUAGAGGAGGACGAGAUGGAGGCAGGAGUGGAGGGAACUAAAGUGGAUGAGAGCCAACUAGUUCCAGAAGUGGAGAUUCAUCCAGUUCCUUCUGAUGAUGAGCAGCCUCCUCUGCCAGACGAGCAGCAGCCGACACAGCCACCUCCUCCUGCUGAGCAAGAACCAGUGGAGCCACCUCUCCCAGCAGAGAAAUAAUUAUGUUUGUUUGUUUUUAAUUUUUUGUAAAGACAUUUAAAUAAUUUGUAAUACUUAUAUUAUUCUUAAUGAAAGUUCAUUUUUGAA